CUGAACCAGCCAGUGCAAUUCCCGACGAGAUCGGCGUCGAAUCCGCGCUCCCGGCCGGCUCGCACACGUCGCUGUGACGUCGCGCGUUAUCGUUUUAUUCCGAGCCAUCGGGGGAAAUCAUCUCUCUUUCUUUCCGUGUCUGUCUCUCUUUCUCUCUCUCCCUCUGUCUCUGUAUCUCUCUUUCGCGACAAGUCACCGUUUUAAUUCAACUGACGAAAAGUGACAAUCUCUCCGAAAUGUCAUCGGGACGUCGCGGACAUUCCGAAUUUGAAUGGAUGGGUGGAGAUUAGCGAUAAAAGCGAUAAAGCGGUACGGUUAAAAAGUGAAGUACUGGUGUCGGCGGGUGAACGGCGCAGCUCCGGGGAAUAUAGACUCGCAACCGGAGUCAGGCUCAUACUCGUAUACACACGCACACACACACGCAGAAGGGAUUAAUAGCCGUAAUGUCAACACCGUGCGACGCUCGCCGCAACGUGCGGAACCGCGAUCCAGCGAUCCGAUCCAGCGACAUCGUGCCGCGACACAGCGCCGGUGAAUGAGGGCGCGUGAGACGCACACGCGGGUCGACGACGGCCUUGAGGCAGACUCGAACGGAAAAAUAUGGUGCACGAGGGCACGGGUUUAUGGCACGCGGCGGGAUUCAACGCAUCGAAGUGGCUGAUGAUCAUAAUACAUGGGUACCGGGUCACCACCCUCGUCCUGUAUAUCCUGCUCAACGUGCUGGUGCGCACCGAAUAUCCAGUGGCAGUAACCGCGGAAAUAGUCGAUGUUAAUAUGAAUUCAUUGGACGGCACGACGGGAAAGCCAUUAGAUGUCGAUCUACCACCAACCCUGCCAAUGACCUUCGGUACGGAAAAUUCAACAUCGGUUUCAGCGCAAUCAGGAUCCACAGCCCUGAUGCCAUGUGUGGUCCACAAUCUAGGAGAGGGCACGGUGUCGUGGAUUAAGAGGAAGAACGCACUGUUACACGAACUACUGACCGUAGGAUUGACGACAUAUGCCAACGACGAACGAUUUCAAGCAAUUCAUUUCCACCACAGUGAAGAUUGGACGCUUCAAAUAAAAUAUGUUCAACCGAGAGAUGCCGGACUGUACGAGUGCCAAGUGUCCACUCAUCCGCCCACGAGUAUAUUUCUGCAUCUUGAUGUCGUUGAAGCCAGAGCGGAGAUAGCCGGCCCGGCGGAGAAAUUCGUGAGGCCUGGUAGUACGCUGCAGCUCCAUUGCCUGGUAAAGAAGUCCACGGAAGUACCAUCGUAUCUCUUCUGGUAUCACAACUUCCGUAUGAUCAACUACGACGUUGAUCAAGGCGUCAACGUUAGCACCGACCUCAUCAGCCGGGAGAGUUGGCUGGAAGUGCCGAGGGCGUCGGAUCGUCACUCGGGUAACUACACUUGUGAGGCCAGCAAUGCUCAGCCGGCGCGCGUCCUGGUGCACGUCUUCAAAGGCGACAAUCCGGCGGCCAUGCAACAUAGCAUAGCAUCGUCGCCGUCGGUGAUGGCCUGCACCGCAUUGUUCACCAUGUUCGUCACGCUUAAGCUGGCUCUGCAGACGAACUGGUGGAGCUUGUGACGUGCGUAAGUGCGAGACUCGCGAAAAUACGGAGUGAAUGUUAGCCCAAUUGUGUAAUAUUGUCAUUUAUCGUGUUAUGCGCGCGCGCGUGAUAUCCAUAUCGUGUGAGAAUGUCCUAGUUUCGAUCGCUGAAGUUAAAUAGAACGGCGGUAUGAUUAUGGUGGUUCCAGUUAAAGAUACAUCGUUGUUAUCGGAAUGGUGGCACCGGAACUUUUGGAGUUGCAAGAUUGGCUAUGAUUGAUUACUACCCAUUUUCAAACGAUCAACCUUACUCGAAGCAAAAUAACACCGAAAGAUCAGCUGUGAUUAUUUGUGUCAUCGAGGGGCAAAUCCAUUUAAUCUAUUAUAUGCACAUCUAAUCAUAGUUCAACGAGGAAUAUGCAACAACGUAAUAUGCUAAUGCAAAGCAGAAUAAUUGUCGUCAUCACUGUGAGAUUAAUAGUGAUCGAUCAUCGGUGCGCUCGACGGUCUGUUUACUGACGAUUACUGAUCAGGAAUCGGUGUGUCCAACAAA